CCGCACUCUCCCCCUUCCCCUCCUUCCACCUCCUCGUCAUUGGGAGCAUUGAAACCUAGUUCAUUACCGGGCGCCGCUUCCCUUGAUGGGAUUAUAUGUGGAAAAGGAGAUUUCAACGUUGCCUUCGCCUCCUAAUCUUGAUCUGAGAAGGGUGUCGUGAAGAAGAUGGGGGGCGUCACUUCGGCGAUGGCGGCUAAGUUCGCCUUCUUCCCACCGAUCCCGCCGUCAUAUGGCGUGGUGGUGGAGGAUGUGGAUGCGGGGCGGCUGACAAUGACUGGGGUACCAAAUAGGGCCAACGUUGCGGUCCACCGGCUGCGCACGAGAAGGGGGAACCACAUCAUCGCCAUGUACGUGAACAACCCCUCGGCCGUGCUCACUCUUCUAUAUUCUCACGGCAAUGCCGCCGACCUUGGUCAGCUCUAUGAUCUACUGACCGAACUCAGCGUUCAUCUCCGUGUCAACGUGAUGGG